GCCAUCCUAGGAAAGAAAAACUGGGCUCACGGUGUGCUGCAGAGAGGUGUUUACAUGAGGCUGCAGCAUGCUAACUGAACAGUUUGUGGAUCGAUAAUGACGCAGAGACGUUAAACAUAAGAGCAGUCAGACUUUCAGCAGGUUACAGCGGCAGCACUUUAUCUUCCUCUCGGACGAAAAGUUUGGUUUUAAAGGGAAAAUAGGCGAAUGGCGAUGGCUCCUCCUGCUAAUGCUAAUGCUAAUGCUAACGCUAAUGCUAACGAUAAUGCUAAUGCGGAUCAGAAGGUUCAGCAGUAUGAAAACUUCAUCAAUGAAGUCCUGAAGAGAGAUUUACAGAAAGUGUUUGAGCAGAGAGAUGCUGUUUAUGAGAAAAUCUCUCAGUACCUGCAGCUGAAGAACACCAUCCAGAGUCUGCAGGAGGCGGGAUCUCAGCAGCUGAAGACAGACGUGGAUCUCGGCUGUAACUUCUUCGUCCAGGCUGAAGUCGAGGACGCGUCCAGGAUCUUCGUGGCGGUGGGUUACGGUUUCUUCGUGGAGAUGAACCACGACGAAGCUCUGUGCUUCAUCGACAAGAAGACGAGUCAGCUCACAGCCUUCACAGAUCAGCUGACCAAAGACUCGGCCAAGAUUAAAGCCAACAUCCGGAUGGUGCUGGAGGGUCUGAGGGAGCUGCAGGGGCUGACGGACCAGCCGUCAGAGAGCAGAAGAAGAGACGUUUUCUAGACUUUUCUACUGGUUGGACGACGGCUGCGACUCCUGAAGGGACGACCGGAGGACGGUUCGGUUCAGGAGAUGCGUUCAAAGACCUGAACCCGAUCACUUGCUCAGCUCCCAUCGACACAGACGUUUGAUAAAAAUGUGUCAGCUGACGCACAGAGACUGAAUUCUUCUUUUCAGGUGAACUGUUGGUGUAAAGGAGGUCACGUGUUUCAGACGUAGACGGAUCCAGCGUGUGUUUAGACUGGAAGCAGAGGGGAAACAACUCCACAUGUGUCUGAUUUAUAUGUUUGAUUUUGUUGGAUGUCACGGUAACGUCCUUCAGUCGGGACGCAGGAGAGUUUGAAAAUGUUUUUUACUGAUGAAGUUAAAAUCGUCUCCUGUGUGUGGACGUUUUGUCAAACCUUAAAUACUGUAAACAUAUACUGUACUUUGGUCUGAUUUCCUGGUUCCUCAGUUCCAGUGAAGUGAAAUUAAUGAUGUUUCAACCAGAAGUUCUCAAACCUUUUUAUGAAUGAAGUUACGUUUACUUGUGACGCCUCCUCACAUUAAAAAGCAGUUUGUUUCUUCUAAGAUUGUUGAAUUAAAGUCUUUCUUUUGAGACUAAAA